CCUCCCAGCAGCCACAGGGAAGUCUGUCAGCUGCACACUGCUCAUUCUUAAUUAUCUCUAUGGCUGCUGAUGAGAGCGGACAGGAGCUGGACCUGCUCGAAAUGCGCCAAUUAUCCGCAGAGGACGGAUGUGCCUUCGUGUGUGUACACAGCAAUAUGUCCCGAUGAGCGCAACACAGCUGAUUAAUACAGAUCGGUGGUCGUCAGUUGUUAUAAAGGACUUGCGUUGUCUGCUCUUUACGUAAUCUAUUUUUUGCGUAAUUUUGCACCGGGUACUGGAUGCCGCGUGGACCAGGAUUAUUUUGGCGAGGAUAUCUCUAGUGCUUCUCCCCUCCUCUCUGCAUCCGUUGUUGUCCUCAACAGCAAACACACACACGGGGGACUAUUUGUCUGGAGCAACAUUUGUAAACAGACGAGGAGCUGUUUUUUAAUGAAAUCCAACAUCGCUGCAUCCCAGUUGAAGCCUUCAAUCAGCAAUGCCUGGGAAUCCUCCAGCUGCUCUUCCAUGCUGUGCUCUGAGAAUGGGAUCGUAGUAAACCUCUCUAGGAUUUAGAUCAACUGCUAGUAUGUUGCAGCCCUCCUCCAGAACAGGUGACAGCCUGUUGGAAACAUUACCUCAUUGGAAUAAGCGUCCGAGAUGGAUCCUCCCCCUCGCCGUCUGCGUGACUCUCCUCUGGCUUCCCGGUGCAGCGGCCUCCACCCUAAACUGCCACAAGACAUGCAUCUGCGCCUCAAACAUAGUGAGCUGCUCCAAGAUGAAUCUGACCACCAUCCCGACAGGUCUGCCGUCCUACACGGCGGUGCUGGAUCUCAGCUACAAUGAGAUAUCGCGGCUGCGAUCUGAGUGGACCCCAGUCAAGCUCCUGAAGCUCCAUAACCUCCUCCUCAGCCAUAAUGGUCUCCACUUCCUGUCUUCAGAGGCGUUCCUGUAUGUGAAGCACCUGCGCUACUUGGACCUGUCCUCCAACAACUUGACACUGCUGGAUGAGUUCAUCUUUGAGCCUUUGGUCAACCUUGAAGUCCUCUUGCUGUACAAUAACCAAAUUUCCCAGAUUGACCGCGCAGCUUUUAUCGGCAUGAUCAACCUUCAGAAGCUCUACCUGAGCCAGAACCAAAUCUCUCGCUUCCCCUUGGAGCUGGUCAAAGAAAAGUCCCGUCUGGAGAAACUUAGUCUCCUGGAUGUGUCCUCCAACAAAAUCAAGAUGUUAGCCAUUGAUGAGCUCCAGGUGCUGCCUGCCUGGAUUAAAAACGGCCUCUACUUUCACAAUAACCCUCUGCUGUGUCACUGUGAUCUCUACACGCUCCUCGCCCACUGGUACAUCCGGAAGCUCAACUCCGCUGUGGACUUCAAAGACGACUACACAUGUAUUCUGCCCGGCCCCCAAAAAACCAAGGUCGGCAUUUUUGAUCUCAGUGGUGAGAACAUGAACUGCAGCACUUUUAAGGAGGCAGAUGAAGAGGCUUUUCUGGAGCAGAGGCUGAUCCUAGGCUGUGACACCAAACACAGAAACAUGAAAAAGACCUGGUUGAUGCCUGGUAAUAUGGUGGUGACACCCGGAAGCAACCAGACAGUCAAAGCCCUGCCAGAUGGAAGUCUGCAGAUUAGUCCGGUGAGGACUGAGGACUCUGGGGUCUACACUUGCUUAGCGAUGAGCGAGGCUUUCAAUGAGACGAUCUACGUGGUGCUGAAAGUUCACAACUUCACCAUGCAUGGGGGCGGGGAGACCCUGAACACAGCAUACACCACCUUGGUAGGCUGUCUGGCCAGCGUGGUGCUGGUGCUCAUGUAUCUUUACCUGACGCCGUGUCGCUGCUUCUGCUGCCCCAAUAAAGGAAAGGCUCGGGGUGAUGACAGCAUCCACUCGUCCAUGCUCAGCGUGACACCGACCCACGAGGACCCGACGCUCAAGGCCGAGCUGAACAGGCACGUGGCGUUUAUAGACUCCAAGGACUUGCAGGGUCAGAACGGUAAGCUGAACCCCAAUGGGGAUGAGGAUGACGACGACAUGGAUGCAGAGGCUGGUUCUCUUAUGAAGGGGAAAAGGAAGAAGUCAGUAGCAGAGUCCAUCAGCUCCGUCUUCUCAGACACUCCCAUGGUGGUCUGAGACGAGACGAUGGAUGUCACACGACUGGAUGUAUACGGUACAACAUGAGCCACGUUUUAGUUAGUGUAAACUGUGACUUGUGGGAGAAAACAGAAAGGAUGAUCAUCUGUAGUUGCUGGCAAGUUGUAAUAAGGAUCUUAAAGGGAUUUUUAAAAAACUGUCUUGUUGCCGACAAGGACAAUAAACUUUUCCAGCAUUUUAAUCUGUAGCACUCAAUAUUCAUACUGUGAAGGAAUGGCAGUGAAUAGUGGAAACUACUGGAGUCUUACGAGAGCAAAACGUAGAUGAUAUAUUGUUGAUAUCAGCACUCAGGAAGUGAUGCAUCAAACGACUAAAGUGCAUAUGAUACAAUGCACAGGUUGACAUUAGAUAUGAAAAAACUGUAGUAUAUGUUAAAACCAUGGCUGGCUCAUUAUUAUAUUUAUUACAAGAAGUAGAACAGAUUGCAUAAACAUUAGAGCACAGAUUCAUCCCUCUAUCAACACGGGGACAGAGAUUUAGACAGACAGGUCGCAGUCACCAGGCUAUGAAUACAUCUGACGUUAACCUUGAGUCAUCUAUAGAGUACCAGCAUGCCAUAAACCCACAUUAUAUGAGGUCUGAGAAUGAUCUGUAUAAGUGGCAGUAAGAAAAUGUGCAUUCAUCAGACGUUUAGUCAUUUAUAUUGAGAAAGCAGUAGCACAAACAUUAUAUUAAGAGGACAUCCGAGGUCAUUUCCAUCCUGCUUCAUAGUCAAUACUUAGUUGCACUCAGAUAUACUUCAUCACAAUGAUUUUUAUUCGUAAUCAUAGUCUAAUGUGUAGCGAUAAAGGGGGAAGAUAUUUUAAGGGAUAAAUUUACAUAGAGUUAUGGUAUAAAAAAAGUUAGUGAGUUUGAGGUAAAUCCUUGCUUAUAAAUGAAUUGUAUAUGAAAGUAGUUGCCUCUUAGUUGUUGCACAUUUACAGUAUAACCCAAAAAAAACCUUACACAAUAAAAAAAUGCUUCCAGCAGAUAUACAUUAGCUGCAGGGCAGCAUUUUGUCUUGACUGAUUAUCAAGAUACUGUCGCAAAUUCUGUAUACUGACUGGUACCAUGGUCCUUCCAAGGACUAAUACACUGACAUACCAGAGUUUGACUCUUUCUCUUGGCCAAAUUAUAGCAUUUGUUUCUCUCAAGUCACACUAGCAGGAAGUUAAAUACCAAGCUAGAAGCUGCCAGCUUGAGUUUAUUUUAUUCUGUCCUGUAUGUAAAGUAUGCACCUUAUUUAAUAUUUUAACGUACAUCGCUAAAAGAAAAAAAACAUUUGCAUUUGCACUUGCAUUUUGAUCAGAUUGACAAUAACUAGUGUCAGGGUAGAAAAAGCUGCAUAUCGUAUUAGGUAGGUAGGUUAAAUAUAACACCAUAUCAAGUGGUGCAGUGAAAGCAUCAGUAAUCAUGAGUAGUUGGGUAGUGCGUUUGUGUUGCUGCACCAAAGUGGAUGCCAGAAAAAAAGCAGUUCUGUGGUAGAGAAGUUGAGACAGACUCAACCCAAGACCACGCUGACUCGACCAUUCAUGUAACCAGCAAGUAUCGUAAACAUCCCCACCCCUAACAACUUUGGUACAAGAAAGUUUAAAAAUCAAAAUGCAAGCGCAUACCCUAACUGCUUACAAUUGAACAAAGAUCCCUUCAAGUGCAGCCAGAAAUGUCAAGAUCAUAUAAAAAUAUACAGGUGCAUCUCAAUACAUUAGAAUAUCAUGGAGAAGUCAAUUUCCAGUAGUUCAUGUCAAAUAGCCAAGUAAUAACCAAGUAUUGAGUGCAUAUAGAUGGACAUACUUUUAAGAGGCUAACAUUUCCAUAUUAAACACACUUUUAAAAAUUGGUCUUUUGUAAUAUUCAAAUUUUUUGAGACACUGAAUUUUAGGUCUUCAUUAAAUGUAAGCCAUCAUCAUUAUAAUUAGAAGAAAUUAAGUAAAUUAAGACAGGAAAUGCUUCAUUCUGUGUGUAAUGGAUCUAUAUAAUGCGUUAUUUCCACUUUUUGAAUUUAAUUACUGACAUAAAUAAACAUUUGUAUGAUAUUCUAAUUUAUUGAGAUGUACCUGUAAGGUUUACUUGUGCUACACUGGUGGGUUAAAAUUAACAACAUGACACACAACACAUAUGGGUCAUUUGACAAGUGACACUCCCACACCGCCACUCAACCCUGCGCACCAUUCGAUCUCAUGUAAAUUUCUCUACAGCAUAAUUAAACCUACAGGGUUCCUCGAGAAGAUUAUGAGUGAUGCUGAUGAGGCUGUACAUUAUUUGACAGGAGACAGCAGCUUUUACAGGACACAUCUUUUUACCUUCAGAAGAUAUUCUGGAUUUCUUUUCAAUUAUAAUUGAAUCUGUUGAGACCUGAAUUUCACUACCAAAGUUUAAAACAGGCAUAAACAAGAUAGUGUUUUCAUUAGACUGUGUGGCGUUUGUGUCAUAAUACAAGGGUAGCCCGGCGUAGAUGCUAAUUGCAUCUUUUGAUGGGAUGCAGCUCUGCUCUCCGUGUCUUUGUCUCUCUGAGCAGGAGGCGAUAGGUGUGUUAUCAUGAGUCACAGCGACACAAAGCCAUUCUCUGUGGUUCCUUUUACACUGACAGCCUCGAUUCAGCCCAGAUGUGUUUGCUUUGUUUGUAUGCCUCCAUCAUUACGAGGCUGCCCUCACUGAAGUUCAAAAGCAAUCAUUCAGCCAAGGGAUGAAUGUGAUGCCCUUUAAAUAGUCUCUAAUUUGUUUAUGAGGGAAACGCCUGGAGCUUUCAUUGAACAUUUCCCACAGAGUCAUGUGAAUGGAAAAUACAAUAUGAGACCAUGGGAAUAAUAAGGUUAUAAUUUAUUGCUCAAUGCUUUUCAGUUUUCCACUUCAACCCCAAAGUACAUAUGAGAACAGAUGCUGACAUCCUGAAAUGAAGUGUCUGCAAAGCUCACAAAUGUUAAGACGUACACAUUUCUGAGUGCAAUAGGUUUUUACGCAAAAAUUGAGGUUAUAUUCACAGUUGCAGUGUGCAACGCAGCAUCUUCUGUGUGUGGGUGAGAAGAGGAAGUCACACUUAUCAGAGAGGUGGAGUGUGAAUCAUUCCACUCUCACAGAUAGGAAUACCAGGUGGAAAAAUAGCAAAAACACCACAAGACGCAUUAAAAUAAAGCCACAUUUAGCACUACUGCUGACUUGCUGCAAUUGGUGAAUAAUUUAUCCCAUUUUUAGGGAUCCAACCCCGAAGUGUUGCCCUCUCAAAUUGAAAUAUACUGCAUGUGCUGUUGCCUGCUCUCUCAUCCUGGGAUCAAUCUAAAACCUGUUUUAUUUCGAGGCAGCAUGAGAAGCAACUAAAUGCCCGCCACAGAAUCUAAAAUGGCUCAAAACUUAAAUCUCACACAAACAUUAAGGCUGUUGAAUAGCAUAUGCAACUGCCAGUCCAUCUAGGAAUAGCAUGUGUUUACCCCACAGUAACCCAGUGUCAAUCCAGUUUAAUCGGCCGUGGCUAAUGGGUGGUCUUCUCCCGUCGGUUGUCACUCAAAAUACAGUUCUGUACAGAGAAAAACUAAGUGCUAUUGCGAAGGUCCUAACGUAGAGUUGGAGAAGAGUGGCUUUGUUCUCUCCAAAGCAAAUCUGCCUUCCUAUAUAUAUCUAUAUAUACAGUAUAUAUAUAUGUAUUAAGACUCACUUUUCUGUGUUCAGUAUUGAUUAGUUGUGUACUGCUAUGUUCUACCAGUGUACUGACUGUAUUCUUGUAUAAUCUGAUGUUGUUGGUCAUUUUGCAUUUCGUCCGCUGCUGUGCUACUGUUAGUUGUUUCAACAUUCAAGUCUUGACCAUAAAUGUUUAUUUUUUAAGCGGGUGGGGUUUACUUUUUUAUUGACAUAGGAUGUAUUUUACACUAUUCUGCUGAAGAAUAUGGUUUGUUGAAUAUUGAACUGAUGUAUGGAAAACUGCAUAGGAGGAGUGCCAGUUUUAAAAAUCAUUGUUACAUCCUUAAUGGGCAGUGAGUAUGUAGCCGCCAGUUAUUUUCAGUCAGUAUCAAAAAGCCAUAAGGAAUUCAAGUAGAAGACGCAGUGGUGGCUGUGUCAGGUGAAGUAUGGAGUUGUAGGUGAGUUCUCCACUGGAUACUUCACAACAAUUAAAGCAACAACUUUUCUGUCUAUGAGAAAAAAAGUCAAAGAAUAUUUUUUAUAAAAGCCAGGAAUGUAGGAAAAUCUCUUUACCCACACUACUGAAUUCCUGAAACACAAUGGGUUUUGAAUGGAUUUGAGGGUAAAUAAAUCUUCUCAGGACUAUGUCAGUUUUAAGUUCUAAUGUAAUACGAUGUGCAAAUUAUUUCACAUUUGCAGGAUCAAUAAAAAAAUGUUAUAUUUGGUUUGAGAUCUUUGCAGUUCACAGGCCCUUUGUGGUAAUGGUACAUUAACUGGUCGCUGCCCGACAUACAUCUAUCUCUGUUCAUCUGACAAUGUAGUAGCAAUUAAGGAAACAUCCUCGAG